AUGUCAGACGGGCAGCCAGAAUGGACCAACGCGGCGGCGACAGCGCUGCAAGAUGCAGUGGCUCUCGCGCGCAAGCACAGUAAUGGCUUUUUGGACCCCGUCCAUCUGGCGUGCGCGCUGUUCAAGGAUGAGAACGGUCUCCCCUCGCGUGUGCUGAAGAAAGUCGGAGCGGGAAUCGUGAUGGACGCCCUAAUGGCCCGCGUGGAGGCAAUUCCCACACAAAGCCCUGCACCGACGCAGCCGCAUCCUAACUCCGACAUGACGCGUGUACUAAACACCGCGGAGCAGAAGCGGGUUGCGUUUGGCGAUACCCUUUUGGCUGUCGACCACCUUCUCCUUGCGCUGUACGAGAGCAAAGACACCAAUUCCAUCCUGAAGGCGGCUGGUGCCGACAGUAAGACCGUUGAGAAGGCCCUGAAGGAGCUUCGCAAGGGGAAGAAAAUUACCUCAGAGUUCCAGGAUCAGAACUACGAUGCAUUGUCCAAGUACGCGAUCGACAUGUGUCGACAGGCGGAGGAUGGCAAGCUGGACCCACUUAUUGGACGUGCCGACGAGGUAUUACGCACCAUUCGCGUCCUGUCCCGGCGAACGAAAAACAACCCGGUUUUGAUUGGCGAACCAGGUGUUGGCAAGACGUCCAUCGUGGAGGGCAUCGCGCAGCAAAUUGUCCGGGGCGACGUGCCGGACACUCUUUCCUCUUCACGCAUCUUUUCUCUGGACCUCGGUGCCCUUAUUGCCGGCGCAAAAUACCGCGGCGAGUUUGAGGAGCGUCUGAAGAGUGUUUUGAACGAAGUGCGGGAGAGCCCUACCCCCAUCAUUCUUUUCAUUGAUGAAAUGCACGUCGUGCUCGGGGCUGGCAAGUCGGAGGGCGCAAUGGACGCAGCAAAUCUUUUGAAGCCCAUGUUGGCACGCGGAGAGCUGCGCACGAUUGGUGCAACGACCUUGGAGGAGUACCGCAAAUACGUGGAAAAGGACGCGGCGUUUGAGCGGCGCUUCAUGCCAGUGUACGUGACGGAGCCAAGUGUUGACGAGUGCAUCAGCAUCCUCCGUGGUCUGAAGGAACGCUACGAGACGCACCACGGUGUUCAGAUCACGGACAAUGCGGUGGUGGUUGCCGUUCAGUUGGCUGAUCGCUACAUUACGGGCCGCUUUAUGCCAGACAAAGCCAUUGACCUCAUUGACGAGGCAUGCGCAAACGUGCGUGUGCAGCUCUCGUCGCGUCCAGAGGAGAUUGAUCAACUGGAGCGCAAGAAACGUCAGUUGGAGAUUGAGGCAAAGGCGCUUGAGCGAGACAAAAAAGAAAAGUCGUCGCAGGAACGGCUGAGGAUUGUCAAGGGGGAUAUUCAGCGUGUGGAGGAGCUUCUUCAGCCACUCUUGGCACGGUACAAUGAGGAGCGUCAGCGAGUUGAUGAGCUGCACGAAAUGCAAACCCGUCUUGAUGAGAAGAAGACGAAGCUGGAGAGGGCCGAGCGAAUGCGGGACAUGGAGCUUGCCGCCGACCUCAAGUACAAUGCCAUACCCGUUAUUCAAGACCGCAUCCGGUCGUUGAAGGAGAAGAUUGAGCAGCAGAAGGCCUCCAUGGUGCAGGAGAAGGUCACGGAGGUGGAAGUUGCGGCAGUGGUGGCGCGCUGGACGGGCAUUCCGGUGAAGAAGUUAAGCCAGACCGAUCGUGAGCGACUGCUGCAGCUCUCGUCGCACCUGCACCGUCGCGUAAAAGGUCAGGAUGAGGCGGUGGAACGCGUCUCGGAGGCUAUUCUGCGGUCGCGUGCGGGUCUUUCGCGGCCACACGCACCCACUGGCUCCUUCCUCU